UUUUAGCUGAAAAUUUGAAUACAUGUGAAAUUUGAUGCCUUACACAGCAGUUAUUGCCGCUGCUCCUCCGUAUCUAAGAUUUCUCCUCCAGAUAUGAUGACCAGGGCGGCGCUCUACACCAUCAUGGUGAUCUUCGGCAUUCUGGGAAACGGCCUAGUGAUCGGGGUGGUCGGGGAGAGCGUGCUGCGGGACAGCGGCCGGGGAGCCAGCUCCGAUAUCAUCUUGGUCAACAUGGCGCUGUCCAACCUGCUGGUGUCCUUGGUGAGGAACGUACCGCUGAUGCUGGCCGACUCGGGACUCCAGCUCUAUUUAUCCAUGGAGUGGUGUCGUCUCUUCAUGUGCGUGUGGGUGUGGCUCCGUGCCGCCAACGUGUGGUCAACGUUUUUCCUGAGCGCGUUCCACCACCACACGCUUCACCGCCUGGGGCCCCGUCAGACCGGCCCCCGGGGGCCCCCGGGACCUCUGCUGCUGGGCAUCGGCCUUAUUUGGGCCCUAAACCUGCUCUACUCUGUUCCCGCUUACAUCUACUCCAAGAGGGGAGACAAAAACAGCACUGAGAUGUUAAUGAUGGUCAGCACCACCACACGCCCCCUACUGGGCUGCAUGUGGAACUUCCCGGAUCCAUACCGGGGUCUGAUUUACUCUACCGUCUCUCUGCUGAUCCAUGAGAUACUUCCUAUCGUUCUGAUGUCCGUCACAAACGUGAGCACUCUCUACAAGCUGUAUGGACACGGGCGCAGGCGUUUGGGAGGGAAUGCCGUGGAGGACGCCCUGGGGGCGCGCAGGAUCCCUGCCGAGAGGAGGGCAGCCAAGGUCAUCAUGGCUCUAAUCAUUCUCUUCACCUUGUCCUGGGGCACCAGCAUCAUCUCAAACAACAACAUCAACUUCAACGGUGGCCAGUCGGCGGACGCCCUCCGGGUGGUUGCCCGUUUCGCCAACUCGGCCUUCAUCGCCCUCUCGCCCGUGGUGCUGACCUUUGGCCAUCGCCGUAUGCGGGCUGUGGUGAAGGCCAUGCUGUCCCCAUGACCUCCCCAGGGCCUCGCAUGACCUCCCCAGGGCCUCGCAGGACCUCCCUCGUGGAUAGACAUGUACUGCUGCUCAUGACAUCUGAUCAUUGGAUGCUUCCCUGUUAUAACCAACUUGUUACAGCCAAUCAGAAUAAGACCUUACAUGUUUCACUCUCUGCCUACUGUUGGUGAAACACACCGAAUUACUCAUGGAUAUGGGUUUAGUAGGUGUGUUGGAUUUUAAUGGUCUUACGACAAAUGAAAUAAUCCAUGCAGAGAGAGACUGGGCCCCAGUAAGGCUCCAUUUUCUCAUGCCAGUCGUCUGCUAAGCUGCUUGAAUCUGACCAAAGAUGUGUUGCUCCUCUGUGGUGAUGUAGGUUACUGCAGUUUGUCCUUGGCAACAUGACACCGUGUGC